ACUUCAAAAAAGGCCAUUUUGUGUGAGCUCUAAUACCACAUCCCUUUGAUGACAUACACUGAUGACCUACAUAUGAGUGCCUGAUUGUGUCAUAGAUCUUUCUGUGUCAUAGAUCUUCACCUCUGAACUCUCUUUGAUGCAGGAUCAUGGAUAGCCAGCAGCAAGUUUUCUUUAACCACGAAAGAAUAAUAUGUACCGUCAUAAACCUAUAUGGGACAUACAUAUUUGUGCACUCAGUCCGUAUGUCACACAGAUAAUGCAGUACUUGAGCAAUCACCAAGUGAUAUUUUAAACUAAAGGAUCACUGAUAAUUAUAUCAUCAGCCUACACCACAAAUUCCAAAUGUCUAACUUAUUUCAAACUUCCCUACAACUGGCAAUUCUGGGCGAUUCGACAGAGGAGCAUUGAUGAACUAUGGACUCGAGCGCUAUAACACACUCGCUGUUAAAUGGGCUGCACCUUUAACCAUCCGCUGGGGGCAGCAGAGCAACAGGGAGAUAUCUAGACGCUCAGCUCGGCAUGUUGCUGAGGGAGAUUUCUUUAUCUGGGCCGAGGUAUCAGUGGAAGGCGGUCCUAGCAGGGAGGAUGCUGAGAAAUCCAGGGUACGCAAAACUAUGAGAACCGUAUCUAAAUUUAGUUUACUAAUAAUUACGCACAUACAUGGACGCAAACUGUAGCAUUACUCUGGCUUCUUCUAUUAAAUAAAAGACACUCGCCGACUAGGGAUUAAUCUGCUUUCUUUGUUUGUGUGAGCUAGACCUAGCAAGAGAGAGAGAGAGUCAGUCACAUUCAGCUGGUUGUCUUCCGGGACAUCAUUUUUUGUCAGAAUUGAAGGGGGCGACUUCUUCUACGCAGCGUUCUGUCUUGCUGUUAUGGUCAGACCUUUAUUCAGUAGACUAUUGUUUGGUAAUGCAUGGACUUUGUCCACGUCGUGGACACAUAUUUAAGAGGUAAACAACGCCGAGGUUGGUAGCAGCAGCAGGUAGUCUAGACUAGACUAUGAUGAUAGGCCUCCGAUUCCGAGCAAAUAUUACCUUGUGAUGAUCUGUCAUAGGCUAUUCUCCAAUAGCAAGCAUCAGAAUCAAUUUCUUUUGGGGAGGAUGUGUGAUGUAUUAACCUCCAAAGUAGGCUGAUUUUUUUUAAAUGUUAUAUCAGUUCGUUUUAUCGUUGGUUUCAGUGUUCAGCUGUGGCACGCCUGUCUCGUGUAAACAGUUAGAGCAUUAGAUGUUCUUAUCUCUCCUCGUAUACAUCAGUAAGCUCUGCCGAUAUUUAUCAAUGUUCAGUUCCGACAGACUCACGGUUCCUGAGUAUGUCAGUCGCCUCCAAAGCCGGAAAUCGAGCCCUGCCCCUGACCCGAGGGCUGUCUCGCCGGGCAUUACAGCUGAUGUACAGUCAGUGCUGGAUGGUUCUCUACCAGCACUGCGAUCAGCUGUCAAAACCUUAAAAUCAGCCAAGGACACCGCAGAUUUGGAGGAGACCCGCCGGGCAAUCGCUGAGAUUUACCAGCUAGUAGAGGAAGCCUGGGUUUUACCUGCCCUUGGGCGUCAGGUCGCCGAGGAGAUAUGCAACAGGAUACGACUGGAUGGUGGUCUGGAGCUGCUCUUGCAGCAUCUCCACUCACCUGCUGUGGAAAUCACCUAUGAGUCAGCCAAGUUAUUGGAGCAGAUUCUGGUCGCAGAAAACAGAGACUAUGUGGCACGCAUGGGUCUGGGCGUGAUCCUGAAUCUGACUCGGUCCCAGGAGGACGCCCAGCUUGCCCGCAGCGUGUCCGGCAUCCUGGAACACAUGUUCAAGCACACAGAGGAGACAUCCGUCCAGCUCAUCUCCAACGGCGCCCUGGACGCGCUGCUUUUCUGGUGCCGUGGCACGGACCCCACCGUGCUGCGCCACUGCGCCGUGGCGCUGGCCAACUGUGCCAUGUACGGCGGCCACCGGUGCCAGCGGCUCAUGAUCGAGAAGCAGGCGGCCGACUGGCUCUUCCCACUGGCCUUCUCCAAGGAGGACGAGCUCAUCCGCUUCUACGCCUGCCUGGCCGUAGCUGUGCUGGCCGCAAACCGAGAGAUCGAGAAGGAGGUGGUGAAGUCGGGCACGCUGGAGCUGGUGGAGCCCUUCAUCGCCUCGCUGGACCCGGACGAGUUCGCCCGCAGCCUGCUGGACAGCACGGACAGCAUGCAGGGCCGCACAGCUGCUGACCUGCAGCACUUGCUGCCCCUGCUGGACGGCACACGCCUGGAGGGGAAGUGCAUCGCCGCCUUCUACCUGUGCGUGGAGUCCAGCAUCAAAUCACGGCAGCGUAACACCAAGAUUUUCCAAGAGAUUGGUGCUGUGCAGAGCUUGAAGAGGAUUGUCAUGUACUCCAGUAACGCCACUGCCUGCUCCCUUGCCAAGCGAGCCCUGGGCAUGAUGGGAGAAGAAGUACCGCGCCACAUCCUCUCCUCUGUGCCAAACUGGAAGAGUGGGGAGGUGCAAAGAUGGCUGCAGCAGAUUGGCUUCAGCACGUACACUGAGCGCUUUCAGGAGUUGCAGGUGGAUGGAGACCUACUUUUAAACAUUACAGCUGAGGACCUGCACAAUGAUCUGGGCAUGUCUUCAGGGCUCACUCGCAAAAGAUUUCUGAGAGACCUUCGUGUUCUGAAGACCUACGCCAACUACUCCACAUGUGACCCCAACAACCUGGCCGACUGGCUGGCAGACGUGGACCCGCGCUUCCGCCAGUACACCUACGGCCUGGUCCAGUCCGGCGUGGACCGUAAGAACAUUGUGCACAUCACCGACGAGCAGCUCCGCACCGACUGCAGUGUUGAGAAUGGGGUGCACAGGGCCAAAAUCUUGGCUGCGCUGCGCCACCCCAAAAAGACCUGCCUGACCGACGCACAGCCGUGCGGCCCAGACGUCUUUAUCAGUUACCGCCGCACCACCGGGUCCCAGCUGGCCAGUCUGCUGAAGGUGCAUCUUCAGCUGCGUGGCUACAGUGUGUUCAUCGACGUGGAGAAGCUGGAGGCUGGUCGCUUUGAGGAGAAGCUGAUCCAGAGUGUGCAGCGGGCACGCAACUUCAUCCUGGUCCUUUCGGCCAACGCCCUGGACAAAUGCAUGGGCGACGUAGCCAUGAAGGACUGGGUUCACAAGGAGAUUGUCACUGCUCUCAGUGGGAAGAAGAACAUUGUUCCGGUCACAGAUAACUUUCUGUGGCCUGAUCCCAAAUCUCUUCCAGAUGAUAUGAGUUCUAUUCUCAACUUCAAUGGUAUCAAAUGGUCCCAUGAGUAUCAGGAGGCAACCAUAGAGAAGAUCCUGCGCUUCCUCAAGGGGAACCCAAGCCAGGACCAGCUGGACAGAGCCAAGGACCCAGAGUUACCGAAGCAGGAGGAGAUCUAAAGAUCGCCCACCAGGACAGGGUGCACAUGGUCCAAGGUAUAUUUAGUGUGGCCUCUGUAACGUCAUCCAAAGAGCCCUAUGUAUUCUGUUCCUUCCUUUAACAGUAGCUUAGAGUCAACCUCUCCGUCCACCUCCGCAUGUAACUAACAGCAGAGAAGUCUCCCCCCCCAUGUUUUUACCCUAACUGUGAACUUAUCAUCUUAUCUUGUUCAGCUUGUUUGCCCCCUUGGUUGUAUUAUAAAGCAAAUCCAGACAUGUGAUUGAACUAAUUGGGAAGGGGUUUCAACUCUUUCUGUCCUGGAAGUUCCACCUUUGGCUUUCACUCCUACUAACCUUAUCGUUCAAGGUUGACCUCUAGACCAGGUAGAAUAUGAAGAGCUCAGGGGUCCAGUCUCUUAUAUGAAUGCUUUGAAUACCUUAUCGUUCCAAUAGCCUUGGGUGAUCUGAGAAGGAUGUGCUGCCUACCUCUCAGGAAUACACAACACACUUUUUUUGUCACCACUCACUGAUGCUUUCUGUGAGGAAUGCUCUACUAAUAACAGCAAUUACUGUACUUUAUUUUACCACAACCGCAGUCAUUUUCCAUGUCAAGGAUUGCUGUGAACAAUCUCUUUAGGUAGGUAAUGGUUCUAUAAAGAGGGUGGACGAGCAAGAUCUUUUUUUAGGUGCCUUUACAGUAACCAGCAUGCUUUUUUCUAUCCCAUCCUAUUCAUGCAGAUUGUAAGUUAGAUAGUCUUUAGACAUUGCUUUGUGAAUAUAGGAAUAUUAUCAGUUUGGAAAGCAAAGUCAAAUGAUGUAUGAAGGGAUUAUUCAAACAUGAGAGGCAUGAAGUUCUGAAGCACAUAGCUUACAUAUAAUCAUAAUAUAAUACACUUGCCAGGCACAUAAGUGUACUGAGUAGAGAUUGCCCUUUAGAGGAAAUUGUAUAUAGUACAAAAUGUAACUGUAAUGAUGACUAAGGCUGUCAGUAUCACUGUGAAAAUACUUUGUGCUUGAUGUCGGGCCGUGCUGAGGCCAUAUCAGUCUACUAGUGCUCAAACCUAUCAGCCAAUGGAACAAUGUGCAGUAUUUACCAAGAGAGAAACCGGCCUCCACAAACCACGCCAUAUAGUUUUGCAGUACUUUCACAGAGGUGGAAAACUCUCCAGCUAUGUAGAUAACCAGUGUCACACAAUGUAUGAUAAGUGCAAGUGCAAAUAAAGAAAACUGCCACUUAUGGCACAAUACAAUACCAGUCAUUGUCAGGGGAAUUUAUUGUAGUUUCCCAAACAAUGUUAUAGGCUUUAGCUAUGUUGGGCUUGGUUUCGUUGCCUUAAUGUACAAUUGUUGCUGUUCUUGUCUGUCAAAUAUAAAAAUCAAAUGUCAAUACAAAGGUUUGUGCAUAACAUUUAAUAAAAGAAAGAUAAGACUUGGA